UAUAUCUAUGGAUAGAUGCACAUUUGGACGGCUUCUUUUUGCGACACGUAAGUUUCAUAUAUCCAAUGCUAAUAGUAGUCUUUACUGGCAUGUGUAAUGUAGCAAGCGAUCGAACCUGCCCCAGAUCCUCCUAGCGUUCGCUCCCUAUAUACUCCAGUAAGUGUAUAUAAUAUCUAUUCCAGCUGCAUUCUCCAUUUAUUAACACUUAUUGCUUUCUUAUAGAGGCCCUGCGAUACUACCCUUGCCUCCUACCUCCGAGACAUGCCGAAGUCCAGCCUCAUCACUGCACCACUGCGAGGGGCACUCUUUGAGUGCUUCCAAGCGACCACCCGCCUAGUCCGGCCUGAACUGCGUCGUCAACUCAUCCUAGUUGGCGGCCUAGCCAGCAUUGCCCACUUCUCGGUGUACAGCACUGAGGACGUGGAUGUUGCGGCCCCUGUCGAUGCCCUAACCGACAUCUGGCAGGGAGUGACGGCCGGCGCCCCCAAUUUCUCUAUCGAGCCCGACGGCAAGCUUGCGUUCGACGCCAGUCAAGGAUUCCGCGUACGAAUCGAUCUCAUCGAAAUCGGCCCGGGAAUCGUCGAACGCAUCCACGUGACUGAGCCCUUUUUUGAGGGAUCAGUCGCGUCCAUGUCGGACUUGUUGAGGUUGAGGGCCAUGACGGUGGUUGAUCGUGGGAGUGAUGGAGAGGCUGCUGACUUUCGAUGGCUGUUGUCGGAGGUGGCAAGAGUAGGUCAAAUUCUUCCAGGGCUAGAUGCUGAAGAGCUGGAGUAUAUGAGCGAGGCUGGGAGGUCUUAUCUGGGGAGGCUCGAUCGCUUGGUGUUGUUUUCUGUAUUAAAUGAGGAAGACGCUUUUUCUCUUCUUUUAUUAGAUAAUAGUCAAAUGGAAGAUUUCUAUACGUGAACCAAGCCCCCGCCACCUAACGUAGAAUAAUAAGUAGUCACAGUACUAGAGCU